CUCAUUCUGUAUUGGGUGACGCCGUGCGUGGCUGGCUCUCAGCUUCCAAAUAGGGGGCUCGGGAUAAAAAACAAACAACAAAAUUAAUUAAAAAUAUAUUAUAACUGUUGUGAUUUUUGUGUGUGCUGUGGUGGUUAGUGAGAUUUAAAUGAACGGUGAAACACAGAGCUACAACAUGUCGAUCGUCGACUCAUACAAAUCUUUCAUGGAGAGGAAUACGGAUCCUCGGACGGAGAACUGGUUACUGGUGACCGGACCAGGUCCUCUGAUAACCUUACUCGCCUCGUACCUGUACUUCUGUACUUCUGUUGGCCCGAAUUAUAUGAGAGACAGAAAACCCUACUCACUGAAGAAUACCAUAGCGCUCUACAACAUCUCACAGAUCCUGUUGAGCAUAUUCCUAGUUUAUGAAGGUCUGGCCUCUGGAUGGUGGAAUGAUUACAACUUUGAUUGCCAACCUGUAGAUUAUUCAGAUACUCCUAAAGCAAAAAGGAUGGCUGCUGCAGUGUGGUGGUACUUUUUUGCAAAGAUCGUCGAGUUGUUGGACACGGUCUUCUUUGUGCUUAGGAAGAAGAACAGGCAAAUUACAUUCUUACACUUGUACCAUCACACAAUGAUGCCAAUUUGUGCGUGGAUAGGUGUAAGGUUUUUACCAGGUGGUCACGGGACUCUUCUUGGAGUCAUCAAUUCGUUCAUUCACAUAGUCAUGUACACUUACUACUUGAUCUCUGGUCUGGGGCCGCAGUACCAGAAAUACCUCUGGUGGAAGAAACACCUCACCAGCAUGCAACUGGUCCAGUUCGUCAUCAUUUUCUAUCACAAUUUCAGUGUAAUGUUCUGUGACUGUAAUUACCCUAAGACCAUCAACUUCCUGCUCGCUCUCAACGCUGGUUUGUUCCUUUAUAUGUUCGGUAACUUCUACUACAGAAACUACAUUAAACCUCGGGAUGGAAGCAAGCCAGCUAAUGGUGUCCUCGCAAAUGGUAAAACGAAAGAAUGCUAGCGUUCGAAAAUCUCUUUAAGUUUAUAUAAAUGUUUUCUAUGUAUUUAGGUUAAGGUAAAUAUUGUAUAUUAAGGUAUUAAACAGGUGAUUGUAAGAAUUAACUAAGUACAGAAUUAUUCUGUAAUUAUCUUUAGUUCCAUGUAGAAAUGGUUUAAUGUAAUUUGCACGUGUCUUGAUGUAUGUAUUUAUACAUUUCCAAAGGAGGGCGAUAUCACAAUAUUACUAAAUGUCAUCUCUCCUUUAUUGUCAAAUUAAUUUUGAUUUACAAUAAAUCGCGCCAUUUUACAAUAUAGUCUUAAGUUAUAUGAAUGAUUAUUUAUAUAUACACAGCACAUUUAUCCGUUUUGUACCAAAUUGAAGGAGUAAUUAAUACAAUUUUCCCUUAAAUACACAUUUACUGACCUAUACGACUAUAUUUUUUAAGCUGCAUGUGCUAUUCAUACAAACAUGUAUAUACAUAUGUAUGUCAGACAGACGAGAUAUAAGUGGCCGUAACCACGGUUGCUAUAAGGAAACCGAAACGUCCGGAUUAUGUCGUUAUAGGAUAAAUUCCAAAAACGCGUAGUAUCAGAAAAACUUAGUAUCAUUUGUCUAUGCUGAGUUUCUACUGUUUUUUUUAUAUAUAUAAUUAUUGAUUUAAAUUGAUGUUUUUAUCUACCAAAUAUUUGUUCAUACCUUAUAAAUUAUCUAAAUGUUUUAUUAGUUGUAUUAUGGUUUUGUAAACGGGAAAAGAGUGACUUCACAGGGAAAAAUCGUAUUCAUGGAUACAAAAAUAAGUCAAAUCAGACAGGAAGCAGUCAAUCACCUCGUUGCUAGUCCUGUUAAUACAUAGGUGAUAUAAAACUGCAACCUUAUAUUUCUUCUCCUUUUACAUCAUCAUAAAAAUCGAUAUAACUGUGACAUUUAAUGAUGUUUUCGUCUAGUUUUUUUUUUUUAUCCAAAGAUUAUUAAAAUGACAGCAAUUUUCUUAUAGAAAAGUAAUGAACAAAUAUCGUCUUAUAAUAAUAGAGUCAAUAGCUCAAUUUUUUUUAAUCCUUUAGAGGCACAUUUGGUUUGAUAAUAUAAAAGAUGAAAUGUCCUCUUGAUAUUAUUGAAAAAAAAAAUAACACUAGUAUUUAAUGAAAUUGGUAAAUAUUGUAAUGUAAAUAUUAUACAUAUAACAUGUGUGAGAGGAACUCAUAAAAAUAUAUAAAUACAUUGAAGUUCUGAGGAAUCACAUUGUACAAACUUUUUAUACUGACUUAAGACUUGUAAUUGUAAGUGAAAAAAUGAAAUAAAAACGAAAAUAAAUCAAAACUUUUAUUACAAA